AUGGCUGAGGUCCAUGAGGACAUUUGUGGAUCCCAUCAGUCGGGUCCCAAGAUGAAAAUCAAGAUCAAACGUCUCGGUUAUUGUUUGCCUACGAUGACCCUUGAUUGUAUUGAAUAUGCCAAGAGAUGUCAUCAGUGCCAGGUAUUUAGUCCUGUGCUUCAACAACCCUCGAGUGUACUUCAUUCGAAAGUUGCAUCAUGGCCUUUCGAGGCUUGGGGUACUAAUAUUAUGGGGCCUAUUGACCCACCAUCCUCUCGAGGACAUCAAUUUAUUCUUGCAACCACUGAUUAUUUCUCUAAGUGGGCGGAAGCUAUCCUCUUAAGAGAAGUAAAGGCAGAUAACGUGUUGUAUUUCUUUAAGAAUAAUAUCAUUUAUAGAUUUGGUGUGUCAUGUCAUAUCAUCUCCGAUAACGGUCUGGCUUUCAAAAACACCAAGAUAAAUAUAUUUGCUCGACGCCAUCACAUUGAUUGGCGAUAUUCGACGAUCUACUACUCGAGAGAAAAUGGCUUGGCUGAGGCUUUUGAUAAAAAUUUAGUUGGUCUUAUUAGGAAAAUUCUCCAUGCCAACAAGAAAACAUGGCACGAGAAGCUCUUGGAGGCCUUGUGGGCAUAUUGUAUGACAUAUCAUUCUCCCACUAGUUCUACUCCAUGUGCAUUGACCCUUGGGUCCGAAGCAGUCCUUCCUCUAGAAGUUGAACUGCCUUCAUUGUGUGUCGCUAUAAGCAACAAUGUCAACAACAAAGAAAAUACCCGACUUAGGUUGGAAGAGCUUGAUAGCUUGGAGGGGCUGCGAUUAUAA